GCCGGGGACGGAACCUUCUCCCUUAUCUCGUUUCCGGGAGGUUACAGUCUCCGCAAAAAGGAAAUUAGAGAUACCGACUCAGCCCCCCCGUCUCUUUUGCCCUCUUCUUUUCACUUCCUCCGCCCGGUGUCGAGGGGCCUCGGUGCUCUUGUAGGAACCCAGAGGCCGGGGCGGAGUGAGGAAAAAGGAAAAGGAAGCCGGCAGGUCUUAAAGGGGCCGCAGACGUUGUUUCAGCCUCUUUUCCUUCUUCCAAUUUUGCAAGGGCGAUCGCAGAGGACAGAAUUUCCCGAAGCUGAGCACAGCUGGAGCAGCAGGAGGCGCAGCUGGAGGCGGGCGCGCCUGCGGGGCGGGCAGAGACUAGGUUCUGCCCCAAGGAGGGUGGGGUGUGCGCGCCCAGUCCUGUGCCCCGCGCCCAUCUGGGUUGGCCUUUGCUCUGGCUGGCUGCGUGCGGGCUUUAGCAAACCUUGGACCGGGCCGGAGCAGCGGGGAGCCUGCUCGCAGUUGGUGCGGCCGAUGCGCGAGGCCGGAGGGUGAGGACAGCGCUGGCAACAUCCGCUCCGGCCCUGGGCGCCAAGGGGGCCGCAGCGAUGCCGGAGGAAAAUAUCUUCCUGUUUGUGCCUAACCUCAUCGCGGACUUCUGGACGCUUUCGAUGGACACGCAGCUCGAGCCCUUAAUCAAGGGACCCGGUUUGGAGCCAUGCUGGACAUGCUGACCGAUCGCUGCUCCACCAUGUGUCUGCUGGUCAACCUCGCCCUGCUGUACCCCCGCGCCACCCUUCUCUUCCAGCUCAGCAUGAGCUUGGAUGUGGCUAGUCAUUGGCUGCACCUCCACAGUUCCGUGGUCCGAGGCAGUGAGAGUCACAAGAUGAUUGACCUGUCAGGAAACCCGGUGCUCCGCAUCUACUACACCUCCAGGCCCGCUCUGUUUACCCUGUGUGCCGGCAAUGAACUCUUCUACUGCCUCCUCUACCUGUUCAACUUCUCCGAGGGACCUUUAGUGGGCUCGGUGGGUCUUUUCCGGCUGGGCCUCUGGAUUACGGCUCCCAUCGCCUUGCUCAAGUCCCUCAUCAGUGUUGUCCACCUGGUCACAGCUGCUCGAAACAUGGCUGCCCUGGACGCGGCAGACCGCUCCCGGAAGAAGUGACCCCCGAGCCUCGCGCCCCUGGCCACCACCUGCCCUGGGAGUCGAACUGUGCCACGUGGCUCCCCUUCCCUUCUAGAAGGUUCCAGGCCCCCAUCUUCCUAAUGUGUGGUCUGAUCUGCUAGAAGGGCAACUUGCUCUCCCACCCCUGUGACGUGUCUGGACCUGGACCUCAAACUGGAGGGAUGCCCAGGUCCUACCCACGCGGAGGACAGUGCUUUUGGGUGCCAGGAGGCCAAUCAGGGCUGGACAUUGUCACACCCAGCUGCCUCGGCUGGUGGCUGGGCUCUCAGCCCUGGGGUCUGGCUUGGGUUCAAGCCAGGGACACUUGAGUGAGGGAGAUAGGGGAGAGGUUGUGUUUCCCAAAAAGCAGGGAGCCAGCCUCUGCCCCUGGCACAGAGGAAGCCUGCAGGUGCCACGCCCAGGAGAGGGGCCUCUAGCUCCCUCCUGCAUUGCGGUCUUGUCCAUCUAGCUCUGAGAGCCGCAUAAUAAAGGUGGGAGCCUCACUCUCCUGGGCGUGGUUUCCUUUGAGAUCCCUUGGACCAGGAUGUAUGUGGAAGGGAAGUAGGAAGAUCUUUCGAGAUGCUUCCCUCCGGUGUACUGUAGGCUCCUUCUGACAUUCCACAGUGACUUCAGAGAGGACCUCUCUGCCGCCAAGCUCAUGUCACGUCCUCUUACCUGCUUUCUUUUCUACACGAAACCCACACUGGCUGUCUGUAUUUACUUGUAUACCUGAUGUUUCUGCCCCCAUCAGAAUGUAAUUUCCACAAGGGCACAGACUUGUUCCUUGUCUAUUCCUACAAUGAAGAGUGAUCUUAACCGAGCCUACAGUAGCUGCUUAAUAAAUAUUCACAAAUAGG